GGAAAAAAGCUUCGUCUUUUCGAAGGUGAGGGGAAGGUGAAAAAGCCUUCUUUAGAAAUCCCUUCCCUUCUUCUUCUUCUUCUUCUUCUUCUUCAACAAGAUUCAUACUUUCCUUCCUCCGCCAUAGAUGAAUCAGUGUAGUCACGGAAUCGAUGGUUUACGAAGCGGCCUUUCGCCUUCAGCUCGACCCUUCGCCAUCGAUUCAUCUCCUUCUUCUACCUUUUCUCUCACUGCUUCCAAAUCUGAACACGAUGAUUCUAUCUGGUUUGAUUAUAAUCUAGACCUAUCCUUCUUGUCCUCUGAUGACCAGAGAAGUUGCCUCGAUGAUGAUGAUUCUCUAUCUAACUUGUCUCGCGAUGUUGAGGCGACCAAAGGACAGCUUUUAGAGGGAAACUCUAAUUCACUUUUGUCGAAAUUGCCUGAGCUGCUGAUUAAGUCCUCUGAUGUUGCUGGUGAUGAUGACAAGAUGGAUCUGUCUUGUGCCGACACAACUGUCAUGUCUGAGAAAUCUUGUACAGAAACUGACCAAGAUGACUCUGAGGAAGAUUCUCCUUGCUGGAUUGGAAUAAAUUCUCGCAAGACUUUGGCUUCAGGUGCUAAAUCUGUGACUUCAAGGCGUUCUACUGAUGAUCUUAGUGGAUUUCGUAGAUUGAAUCCCCUGGCACCUCAGUUUGUACCGUCUAACUCUAAGAAGAAUCUUGACACGGAUGGGAAAAGAUGUGAAGAGAACGGUUCUUCUUCGUCUUUGAAGAAGUCUCUGUCUUCGAAUUUUCCAUCAUCGUCGGCAGAAUUCAACUUAACCGAUCCUCCUGAAGAUGAAAGUAAAGAUGCAGUAAGUACUAGCAACUUGGACAACACUGCAGAUGAAAGUUUGGGUUUUUUUGUAUCUCGAGACAGCAUUUCCAAGACCGUGAGCAUGUCGAAUUCUAAAAAUGAAUACCAGCCAGCUAAAAAGUUGGAUCCUUUGGCCCCUGUUUUUGUUCCCUCUAGUGCAAAACUAAGUCCUUCUUCUGCCCAUGAGAAGCAAGGAGAUUUCGAGACAAAUGCACAUUCAGCUUCUGCUCUAGCUUCUUCAGAUAAGUCGCUAAAUACGGUCAAUGUAGUGGCCUCUUCUGGUGAGGUUGGCCACAGUUUUAAGAGUCGGUAUGGCGUUCAGGAAUUAGGUUCAUACACUCCUUGGAUUGAAUCUGAAGUUGGGAUCACUGAGAAUGCAAAACUAGGAACCUCCAGCAACAAGUCUUCUGGUCGGCGGAGAUUGAAUCCAUUGGCCCCUCAAUUCUCUCUCUCGGAUACUAAACCAAAAGCAUAUUUCUAUGAGAAUUACCAAGCUGCAGAUGAUUUAUCGCUGGUGGUGAGUACUGGUUAUACGGAGCAUAAUGUAAUAGAUGCAGACUUAGCACAAUCCUCAGUAUAUGUGGAACAUCUCCUUCCCAACAUGUCUCGUGGAAGUUCGUCACUGAUAUCUCCAAAGACGGACAGUAACUUUGGGUCUACUAAGUGGUUUGCGGUGGAGCCAAACACUACACUUUCAGUACAUGGUAAUCAAGAUUUUCAGCAUCCUCUUCCAUUCCAUGUCGUAGAAACUGCAGCCAGUUCAUCUUCAAGCGAUGUGAAAGCUUUAUCUGGCCCAUCUCCAAAAAUGGAUGUGAAGAAACUACUUACAACGAUGCAUGGACUGUCAGAGAUACUAACAGUUGCACAUGGUUCAGAAUCUCCUGAUGCGGUUGAGGUUGAUCUCAUUAACAGUACUGUACAGAAUCUCAACAUAUACAUCAAAAAUAGCACUCAGGAACUGGCUGGGAAUCAAAGCGUUGCACGACGCAAUUCGUAUGAUCUAAAGCUUUUACCAAACAAGAGCAAGCUAUCGAUUAGAGACCUUCAGCUUCCAAGGGCAAACGAUAUGACUGUCGACCUUGAUGUUAAAAGGAAGGAGAAAUACUCUGUGGUCUCAGGGGAGACGGUCCCAGAUUCUCGUUUGUAUCAAUAUGGUGUGACCAAAGAUAACAGCUUUGGUCAGGUUGUGGCUAAGAGUGGUUACCAACAGAAUCAUCAAGCAGAGGAGCAGAUUAACCAGCAUGCACUGUUCUAUAAAAGCUUAUGGCUGAAGGCUGAAGCAGACAGGUGUUUGAUGGUAUACGAGACUUCUCUUUCGAAUCCAAAUUCUUGAGGAUAUAAGAAAGGUCGCCAUGUAAAUUUCAAAGAAUAGCCUCAAGAUCUCCAAUUUCUGAAAGGAGACUAUGAGGUAUACGAAUCUAUUCCUUAGAAGUGGCUGACAUGUGACCAGGAUGAAGUUGGUGCUCUCUUUUUACCAGCUCCCUUUUCAUUUAUUUAUGGUCAUAUCAGGUCAUGUUGACUCAAGAGAAAAAGUUUAUUGUAAUAUCAGUGCUUACUUUACUUGCAUAAUCCUUACUGAUCAAACUCUUGUCUUUCUCUUGUCAGAACAUGGGUACUUUUUGGACGUGGAGCCUUUUGGUUACUGAAGAUUGUAAUGUUCUCUUUGAUAUGUUGUCCUGAUCUUGGAUUGUCGGAUGUAUAAACAAAUUUUUGUUACUCUUAUCAUAAGACUCAUAAGUUAUGAGUCAUAACUAUGUCAUCAAACUUAUCGGAUCUUGGACUUUUCUUCU